AUGAAGAAGUACAUGUUGGCUGAUCUGAAGCUAGAGAUUCAACCUCGCGAGUCGAAAGUUUACAUCCCCUCCUGGCAUCAACACCCUGAUCUCUCGCAGCUGAAGAAGAGCCUUAAGCGCCGUCUCAAGACUCAACUUCUUCACUUCGAGGUUGUCACUGGCGGGAUUACACUUGGCGGCCUGCCUAUCGGCACGGAUGGAUUUCAUGCUAGUCAGCUCCGAGCGAAGGUUUCUACCCUCAACGAAGAGCUCUCGAAGCUCGGGCUCGUCCAGCAUGGCUUCAUGUUCAAGACGCUGGUGAGGGCGAGCCAUCUCCAGAAGCUGCGCUUCUUCCUCCAGGGGUCAUCUCCGUUUCUCCCGCGGGUCCAAUCACAGAUUCGUCGCUUUGACCUCUCUGUCCACCUGGCGCUUGAGAAAUACCACCGCUGGCCUUCCUCGCAGUACCUCGCCGCGCAUCCCGACCUGCUAGAGUUUGCGAGGUUCAAGCGGGAGCUUCCGCAUAGUCGGGGAGGGGACGAGUUCACGCCCUCUGAGGGUCUACACCCCGCUGUUUACUAUUCGCUUGACCAGCCGAUGUCCCGGACCUUGCCCUCUCCUCAUAGCCUGGACGUUCACUGCUCGAGAUCUCUCCGUGCCCAGAAGCAUCCUCUGGCGACCUUCUUCGUUGAGGCGCACGACUUCGUUCAUAAUGCUGGAGCGAUCCUCUACCGUCGUGACGCCCCCCGGCAUCUGUGUCCGUCCGCUGCCCCAGGCGGACCCCCGGGCAGCGCCGGCUCCUUGUCGGCGGCUGCCCUUUCUCCGUCCGCGGCCGCCCGCUUUGUGGCGGCAGCGGACGUCUCGACCGACAGUGGUCAGUCGGCUGCCUCCGGGUAUCGCGUCUAA